UACUUAAACACGUAUCAAGGGAUGGACAGAAUCAUCGGCAUUAUCGCUGUCGUCAGUAUUGCACUUCUGGUGGCGGUGAUAGUGAAGGUGAGUGUGUCGGUCUCUUUUCCAUACCACACAGCGCCACCGCUCCCAGCAACCCUCCAGCCCGCCUCAUGCCCUCCUACUUACGACCAGCACCCCUUGGUGUUGGUGUCUUUGGAUGGUUUCCGGGCGGAGUACCUGACGAGGGGGUUGACGCCCACACUGCAGGCCCUGGCGGACAAGGGUAUUAGAGCCCCCUAUAUGAAGCCCUCCUACCCCACCAUCACCUUCCCCAACCACUACACCAUCGUCACCGGGAUGAACCCACCAGCACACGGGAUUAUGGCUAACAAGUUCUACAGUCCGGAGUUCAAGACACAGUUUCGAAUUGGCCGCCCCGAGAGCUUCAAACUUCGCUGGUGGGGAGGAGAACCUGUCUGGAAAACUGUAGAAAGACAGGGUAAGAAAGCAGCUACGUUCUUCUGGCCAGGCUCUGAGGUGGACGGCAACCAUCCCACCUACUGGUACUACUAUAAUGAAUCUCUUUCCUUUGAGUACCGCGUCGACAAGGUGUUGUCAUGGCUGGAGCUGCCCCCAGAGAGUCGUCCUGAAUUUAUCACUCUCUACAUGCAUGAACCAGACAACAUGGGUCAUGACUUCGGCCCCCACUCCCCUGAGUUGGAAAAAAUGCUCGUUCGUGUUGACUUGAUGGUGAAGCGUCUGGUGGAGGGGUUACAGGCACGCAACCUGUUGUCGUGUGUCAACAUGAUGCUGAUUGCUGACCAUGGCAUGGCAGAAGCCGGACAAGACAAGGCAAUCAACCUCAAUGAUUACAUCCCUAACAUCACUAACAGGACCCGGUUUUGGAAUGGUCCCUUUAGCAGAUUUACUCCUCUUGACGGUAAAGUAGCCACCAAGAGAAGUAUGAUGCAAGCCUUAGCCUGCAAGCGCCCUGAGUUGAGGGUCUAUGAGAAACAACUCCUCCCCAUCAGGUGGCACAUGGGUACUCAGAGUCGUGUGGAGGACAUUGUGUUGGACCUGGACCCUGGCUUCACUAUUGCCGGUGAUGCUUCCUACAAGGCCGAUGCUGGUGAACACGGCUAUGACAACUACUUCCCUGUCAUGAAUGCUUUGUUUGUCGCCCAUGGACCAGAUUUUCGCAGAAACACUGAGGUUGAGGCUUUCCAAAACAUUGAGUUGUAUAAUCUGAUGUGCCUCCUGAUGGGCGUGAAGCCUGCGCCCAACAACGGCACUUGGGGCGCCCUCCACCACAUGCUUGUCAACCCCCCUCUGUCACCUCUCCCUCCCUAUCAAGUUUUGCCUCCAAUAGCACAGCUGCCUACCAAGGAAGAGCUAUUAUUCCGUCUCUCAGAGGCCCAGUGCAGUGGAGACCAGUUUGAAUCUGAGAACUUGUUUGAGGUCCUGGAGGAGGCUCAGGAAAAUAUGCCAAAUAUUAUGGCUGAGCACCUGCCAUGGGGUGUCCCUCAGAGCCAGCACUCAUCUAUCUUGUUAAUACAACCAGAUUACAUAACUGCCUACGCUCCCCAUGUGAGGCUGCCCCUGUGGACAAGCUUUACUGUGUCCAGUAUUCACGAGACUAACAGGUACCCCCCCUGGAGAAGUGAUGUGAGACUGACACCUGAACAGACAGCGAACUGCCCGAGCUACGACUCUGUGACCUCUUAUAAUAUAACCCGUCAGCCGCUCUUCCCCUGUGAGUUCACCAGCAGGAUGGAUUACAACCAGUUGCCAUAUCUUAUAAGCAAUGCUGUGCCCUUCAGCAACCAGUUGACACAGCGUUGGCAGGAGCUCAAGGGUUUUAUCAACAAGUGGAUGGUGUUAUAUGGACCCUUGAAUAUUGUUACUGGACCUGUAUUUGACUACAAUGCUGACACCUUUGCUGAUGAUCUGACCACUUUCAGCCAAAGUGGAGGAUUGGUGGUGCCAACACACAUGUUCCUUGUAGUGAGUCGCUGUUUAGUUUUGGUGAACCACAUGGCAGACUGUCCUCACACUCAAGUUGACGCUCUUGCCUUUGUCUACCCACAGUAUCUCUCCAUCACCAACUGCUUAAAUCCUGCAAGAUAUGCCCAAGAAUUUAGUGCCAAGGUACAGGAUGUGGAGAAAAUCACAGGACUUAAACUGUACCCAAGUAUGCACUAUGAUGACCAGGUGAGGCUACAGGUGAGAAUUCAUUCUAACAUCUGGGGCUACGAGAGUUCGUGGAACAGACUCCGGAAUAAUGUCUACGAUCUUGGGAAAUAAAUAGAUGAUGACAAACCAGCUAAGAAGA